CCACUAGAUGUAGCUAUUUGUUAAGAAAUAAAAUAACCAUAUGUUUUUUUUCUUCUUAGUUAUUGUAUGUAUGGAGCAGCACAAAACCUGUUAGUCUGCUAACUCAUCUAAUCCCCAAGGACAUGCAAAUGUCUUCAUGCAGAAUAGUUUAAGGCCAGUCAGCCAAACAUGGUGUGGGCGUGUAACAGGAAGUACAUUUUGAGUAUAUUUCGGCACUUCAGUUUCAUUUCAGUCAUUUCAUCAUGGGUGGCAGAGGAAAACCACGGAGGGCAAAGAGUCCUAAUUUAAACCUGAAAGAAUUUAAUCCAGAAUCUCCAGUGAGUUUGAGUCCUACAACCUUCGAAGAAGAGGAGCAGAAUGAAACCACAAAAAGACCAAAGAAGAGAGACCAGCAACAACGAAAACAACCCGAAGAGAAGCCGUGUGCACCAAAAGCUGUAAGAGGAAGGACCACAAAACAUUCUACAGAGGAGGCUAACAAGCAGCAAGAUGUGCCAGCAGACAGCACAAAAACAAAGACGUAUUCUGCCAGGAAAAAUUCUAAGGAAACGACCCCAGGGGAUGCUGCACACACACAGCUGAAGCCAGAGACACCCAAGGAUAUCAUAAAGGCCCCUCUAAAAAUCUCUAAAGUCAAAGCCCCUAAUGGUAAGGCCGAAGACUUAAAUACAGAGGUCCAACCUGUACAGAAAAUAAAGACAGAGCCGAGUACAGCAGCAACAACAAAGUCGGCUGCUGCAAACACGACAAGAGAUAAAACGUUUGCUAACAAAGCUGCAUGUGGGAGGACUGAAGCACAGCCAGAUGGUUCUGAGGAAUUUCUAACAGGCAGGGCUGAGGACAAGGAAAAAGUUUACAGGAUGAUUCUGGGUAAACUGAAGAUUAAGAAGGUGGAUAGAUCUAAAGCAGCUCAUGUCAUAAAUGAUUUUAUAAAACAGCUAAUCGAAUAUUUGAAAAAAAGUGAAAGUUUCAAGGAAGUCGAACAACUACGUACAGGAAGUUACUAUGAAAACCUAAAAGUAAGUCUAUUUUAUUUCCUCAAUAUAUUAAGUGUACACAUGGUUCAUAUUAUUCUAUUAAUUGAAGUUUAUUACACGAUCUUAUUUAUCUGUAUACAGAUUUCUAAUCCAGACGAGUUUGACGUCAUGCUGCCCAUCCCGGUUGCUCGAGUUCAGAUUGACCCUUUUGGAACUAAUGGAGCCUUUUAUAGUGUGCAAUUAAAACGUGGUCCGGAGCCAUUGCUGAAAUUCCAAAAGAACAUUUUAUCCAGCUAUGAAAUGCUCAAAGACUUCAGAGAGGAAGUGAAGACAUUUGCUAAAAAACAGUCAGAAUGGAAGCUGACAAGAAAGAAACCAGGCUGCCCUGCAGUGACUCUGACUACAGAAAUAGAGUCAACUACCAUUUCCCUAGAUGUUGUCCUCUGUCUUGAAGUUAGGUCAAGCUGGCCACAAUUCACCAAAGAUGGUUUUAAAAUUGAGAGGUGGCUUGGAAAAAAAGUAAGGCAGGAUCACAAAUGGAAGCCAUUUUAUCUUGUCCCAAAAUAUGAAGGCAAAGGAAACGUAGAAAAGGAUGGUGUCCUUGCCAAAGAAGCUUGGAGGGUUUCCUUUUCUCACAUUGAGAAGGACAUAAUGAAAAAUCAUGGAUCGGAAAAGACAUGCUGUGAAAAAGGCGGAGCAAGUUGCUGCAGGAAAGACUGUUUAAAACUUCUCAAACAUCUUCUACACCUGUGUAAAGAGAAAAACUCAGACUUGGACAAGUUCUGCUCGUACCAUGUGAAGACUACACUCUUCCACGCCUGCUGCUCCAGAACUAAAGACAACGAAUGGAAGGCCUCAGAUCUGAGUCGCUGCUUUGAGACUCUCCUGCAGGACUUUGAAGGUUACUUAAGAAAUGGUGAACUUAGCAACUUUUUCAUCCCUAGUCAGAACCUGCUCUCUGACAUUGCAAAGAGUGAGUGUAUAACUUUAGCGGACUGUAUCAAGGAACAACGCGAAAUGGGGUUUCCUGUUUUUAAACAAGAUCUUGGAAUUUCACCUUAGGUGCUGGGUUAGAGUUGCUUUUAUUCUGACCACAUGUGAAAUGUCCUUUAAGUGAAGGAUGAGGAACUAAACCCAAUAUUAUUUCAAUGAAAAGAAACAACUGUCUUAUGAUUCUUAUGAUGCUUAAUUUUGUUGUUUUGGCAGCUACAAUUAAAAAAAAAAUUGGCAAUUGUUGCCUAAACAUUUCCUAUUUCUAUAUUUAAUUCAAAUAUAAAACUGGACUUGAACACAUCUAUAAGUAAACCUUAUCUGAUGCUGAGGUAGUGGGCAUCCACAGGGGUCCAGAUUACACAGAAAACGAGUCCAGCCUGUUAGACCGAUGGGUUCGUUUUGAAAUGAUCAGUCCUUUGAUUCUGUUCCUUUUUCUGUGGAUGAAGCUCUUAAAGCUCUCCUCUCACUGGACACUAAAAAAAUUGCAAAUCCAAAUAUUUUACAAAUAUAGUUUCUGAAAAUUUCAGCUGACGUCAUUGCAAAAACCUUUAACAAGCAUUUUUCAUUUGGCUCUCACUCAAAAUGUCAUCUCAAAAGCUUAGAAAUCUCUGUGUACUCUGUUAAAAGGAGGGGACCUUACCUUGACAGUUAGACUUAUUUCCAGUUUUUAUUUGUUUUGUCAAAUUUUCUUGAAGGGUUAGCAAGUAAAGAUUUUUUUGAGAAAUAACAUUAUUUCUUUGUAAAAAUAAAGAAAAAAUAUCACAGCAUCUUUAAAAAUGGUUAAUGAUGAAAUUGAACCAAUGGACAAGAAAGAAUAUCAACUUUUUUUUCUAUCUUUUAAAGCCAACAAAGAGCAGCCAUUGCUCAACAAUACGGAGAUCAGCAGAGCAAACAUAGGCUAGCUUAAAAAUGACCUCUCUGAGGUCUCAGUGUGUUAAGUAUGAAGGUAUUUUGUCUAAUGUAUUACAUGUCAUGGGUCCCCCCAAGGUUUUACUUUGAGGCCACUUUUAUUUACUGUUUAUGUUAAGAAUUUAGGUUUGAGUGGUUCAAACUUUACUUUGUUUAUACUGAUAAGGUCAUUUACUGCCAAGACUCUACCCUCAAUCUCCAUUUUUUGCAGGCUGAUUUGAUAUGGUAGUUCUGCUUGAGAAGAAUGCUAUAAAAACUGAAAUAAAGGCAUUAAAAUUGUAACCCUGCACUUUGAAAUGAUGCAGUAAAAGCAUUUAGGUGUUUUAUUUUAUGGACUUUUAAUUUUCAGACCUCAUCCUGAAAACCUCUAAGAAGCAGAAGCUAAGUUUUUUUUUCAGUAUCAAAUAUUGUUUAUCCAUUAGUGACAGUAAAUAAACUGAGGCUACGUUCCUUCCUCUGCUACAUUAUGGCGAUCUGCUGUGCAUGCACACCCCAGCUCAAUGCUUGCAACGAUGGGACAUUGUUUACUACUUUUGUGCUUUGAAGUUUGUUACAGGCUGCAGAAAAUUGUGUAGCAAGUCUUGUACCCUAUGCCAGAACUUGGUAGCCUUCCCUGGCUAAAGACAGACUAACACAUUGGUACAUUUUUAUUUAUGUCCCCACUUUUAGUCCAUUUCCUUUUAACCUUUGUUAAUACAUAUAACUUUUGCUGUUUUUAUCUAGCAUUUUGCUGUUUUUAUCUAGUAUUUUGCUGUUUUUAUCUAGCAUUUUGCUUGGUGCUGCUGUGUUCAGACUUGGGACUCUGUUGAAAAAAGUAUUUUGUGAUCUCAAUGAGAGUUACCUGAUUGAAUAAAUAAAAAAAAUACAUGAAAAAAAAA